GGAACCACCGACCACACAGCCCACUAUAUCGCAAGCCUCUCCGUUUUACUAGCGCACCAUCAUCUGCACCUGCCUACUCCGUUGUUGUCGUCGGAGCGCUGGUGAGAGGGCUCAUUAUUUCGCAGGGCAGCAGCCGUAUAGGAAGGAGGAGGAGGCAUUUUUUUUUCCGAGAGACACCGACAGAACAGAAGCGUGUAUAUUAUAGCCUCAGAUUCAGCACCACAAGUCUGAGGAAAGCGUCCAGGAUUGAGUCACUCCUCUUCAAGCACCGUGGGCUUAACUGAACAAGGAAGGAGGGACACCAUUUUUUGGGGGAAUACUCAGUGAAACCAGGACAGUUUGUGGACCUAGCAAAGAGGUGUGAUCUCCAACGGUUAAAGAGACCAUGACGACCGCCACCUCCCCCAUCCUGUUGAAAUGGGACCCCAAGAGUCUUGAGAUCCGCACCCUGACUGUGGAGAGGCUUCUGGAGCCCCUGGUUACACAGGUGACUACCCUGGUGAACACCAGCAACAAAGGGCCAUCCAGUAAGAAGAAGGGGCGCUCCAAGAAGGCCCAUGUCCUGGCAGUGUCUGUUGAGCAGGCUACCCAGAACUUUUUGGAAAAGGGUGAGCAGAUCGCCAAAGACAGCCACGACCUCAAGGAGGAGCUCAUUUCUGCUGUGGAGGAUGUUCGUAAGCAAGGAGAUACGAUGCGUAUUGCCUCGUCAGAGUUUGCCGAUGACCCGUGUUCCUCUGUGAAACGUGGCACCAUGGUGAGGGCCGCCCGCGCCCUGCUCUCUGCUGUCACCCGCCUGCUCAUCCUCGCCGACAUGGCUGAUGUCAUGAGGCUGCUGGCCCACCUUAAAAUUGUGGAGGAAGCCCUGGAGGGAGUAAAGAAUGCGACCAAUGAGCAGGACCUUGCCAACCGCUUCAAGGAGUUUGGGAAGGAGAUGGUGAAGCUGAACUACGUGGCAGCUCGGAGGCAGCAGGAACUGAAAGACCCCCAGUGUCGAGAUGAGAUGGCAGCUGCGCGUGGGGCCCUUAAGAAAAACGCCACCAUGCUGUACACGGCCUCGCAGGCCUUCCUGCGCCACCCAGAUGUGGCGGCCACACGUGCCAACCGAGACUACGUGUUCAAGCAAGUCCAGGAGGCCAUAGGAGGCAUUUCCAGCGCUGCUCAGGCCACCUCACCCACUGAUGAGAAGCACGGCCACGCCGGCAUCGGAGAACUGGCUGCUGCCCUCAAUGAAUUCGAUAACAAGAUCAUCCUGGACCCUCUGACAUUCAGUGAGGCUCGUUUCCGGCCCUCUCUGGAGGAGCGCUUGGAGAGCAUCAUCAGCGGUGCCGCACUAAUGGCUGACUCCUCGUGCACACGCGACGACCGCCGCGAACGCAUCGUGGCCGAGUGCAACGCCGUCCGACAGGCCCUGCAAGACUUGUUGAGCGAGUACAUGAACAAUACUGGCAGGAAAGAGAAAGGUGACCCAUUGAACUCAGCCAUUGAUAAGAUGACCAAAAAGACCAGGGACCUGCGCAGACAGUUGAGAAAGGCGGUGAUGGACCACAUCUCAGACUCUUUCCUGGAGACCAACGUCCCUCUGUUGGUGCUCAUUGAAGCGGCUAAGAGUGGAAACGAGAAGGAGGUCAAGGAGUACGCCCAGGUGUUCCGUGAACAUGCUAACAAGCUGGUGGAGGUGGCCAACCUGGCUUGCUCCAUCUCCAACAAUGAAGAGGGUGUGAAGUUGGUUCGAAUGGCUGCCACCCAAAUUGACAGCCUAUGUCCACAGGUUAUCAACGCUGCUCUCACUCUGGCUGCCCGUCCCCAAAGCAAGGUGGCCCAGGACAACAUGGACGUCUUCAAGGACCAGUGGGAGAAGCAGGUGCGCAUCCUGACUGAGGCCGUGGAUGACAUCACCUCUGUGGACGACUUCCUUUCUGUGUCAGAGAACCACAUCCUUGAGGAUGUCAACAAAUGCGUAAUUGCUCUGCAAGAGGGAGAUGUGGACACUCUGGACCGAACCGCCGGAGCAAUCCGGGGCCGAGCUGCUCGCGUGGUCCACAUCAUUAACGCUGAGAUGGAAAACUACGAACCCGGGGUCUACACUGAGCGUGUGCUGGAGUCCAUCAAGCUCCUGUCUGAGACUGUCAUGCCCCGUUUUGCUGAACAAGUGGAGGUUGCUAUCGAGGCACUGAGUACGAACCCUCCACAGGCCUUUGAGGAGAAUGAGUUCAUCGACGCGUCCCGUUUGGUCUACGACGGCGUCCGUGACAUCAGGAAAGCUGUCCUCAUGAUAAGGACUCCAGAGGAGCUGGAAGAUGACUCUGACUUUGAACAGGAGGACUAUGAUACUCGCAGCAGGACUAGUGUCCAGACCGAAGAUGACCAGCUCAUUGCCGGACAGAGUGCUCGGGCUAUCAUGGCGCAGCUUCCCCAGGAGGAGAAGGCUAAGAUUGCUGAGCAGGUGGAGAGCUUCAGACAGGAGAAGUGCAAGCUGGAUGCAGAAGUGGCCAAGUGGGACGACAAUGGCAAUGACAUCAUUGUGCUGGCCAAGCAGAUGUGUAUGAUCAUGAUGGAGAUGACAGACUUCACCAGAGGCAAAGGCCCCCUGAAGAACUCCUCAGAUGUGAUCAACGCAGCUAAGAAGAUUGCAGAGGCCGGCUCCAGGAUGGACAAAUUGGCCCGCGCUGUUGCAGAUCAGUGCCCUGAUUCGGCGUGCAAACAGGAUCUGCUGGCCUACCUGCAGAGAAUUGCCCUGUACUGUCAUCAGCUCAACAUUUGCAGCAAGGUGAAAGCUGAGGUUCAGAAUCUGGGUGGAGAGCUCAUCGUGUCCGGGCUGGAUAGUGCCACUUCCCUGAUCCAAGCAGCCAAGAACCUAAUGAACGCAGUGGUGCUGACUGUAAAGGCAUCUUAUGUAGCCUCCACUAAGUACCAGAAGGUGUACGGCACAGCGGCCGUUAACUCGCCCGUGGUGUCUUGGCGCAUGAAGGCCCCCGAGAAGAAGCCUCUGGUAAAAAGGGAGAAGCCCGAGGAGUGCCAGACGCGUGUGCGACGAGGCUCCCAGAAGAAACACAUCUCCCCUGUCCAGGCCCUCAGCGAAUUCAAGGCCAUGGACUCCUUCUAAGAAAAAAAAAAAAAAAGUCCUGCUUACCCAAGAAAAACAACAAAACACGGCGGUGACAAGUUGAAGAAAAAGUUCCUUUUUACAUUGUGUUAACCCACCUCUGUUUGCCCUGUGUGUGCUCGGUGACACCUCAGGAGGACUAUACGUAUUAAACUGCCACACGACGGCUCCUGUGAACACUGCGGGCCUCGCGGCUCGCAGGCAGCCAGCACACACCCAACACUAUUUAUCGAUCUUAAUGUAGCUUAAUAUGUGAGAGCCAAAAUGUGACACAAAUACAAGUACUUUUGAAAAUAUGGGAGUUUAAAAAAAAAAAAAAAAGAAACAUAUCAGAGGAGGAAUAGUGGCAUUUAAAAAAAAAUUUGUGGCAGUUGAUAUUCUAGCUAUAUCUUUAACGUGCUACUGACUGGCUGCUUGUAUACACAUUUAAACUGUCUGAAUGGAAAUCCUGAAUGGUUCAGUAGAGGAGUUAUUCUAAAGGGAAUAUGUCAAUGUUGGUAUGCUCCCUCUUGAUAUUUUUUUUUUUCAAUUUGAAUGUAACCUGUAGUGCUAGGAAUAAUUUAUGUUUAAGAUACCUGGAAGUGUUGGCAUCCAAGUAGUUUCCUUGUUCCUGAUGAUUAUAAUAAUAAUAAUAAUCCAUAUGGUGUUUUUUUCCAAAGCACACUUAUGGUCUAUUGUAUUGCCUUUUUAAAUUCAAUUUAUUUAAUUAUUACAUCACUAACUAUGAUGACCUUGAUUGGAAGUUGUGUAGCGUAUAAAUAUAGACAGAGAGGUUUGAUUAGUUGUGGUUUGCUCAGAGAAUAGAAAUCCCUGCAUACAGUACCUUUAUAUUCACCCUUCUCUAAUAAAUCCCUCAACUUGA